UGAUCGCAGCCAACUCCACUUACACCGCACAAAACCUACUGCACGCACUGGCUUCCCCAACCCAAACAAACACGCCGUAUCCCUUCCUUUGCACCCGUCCGUUCACAUCAGCCUUCCUUCUUUUCUUCCCAACACCAUCUCGAGCACUUAAACUGCCAUGGCUUCCCUACUCUUGAGACGUGCGAGUCGUCUCACUCCCCAACUUCUCCAUCGUUCCCCUAUCCAUACCUCCUCCAAGCUAACCGCCAUGGUCGAAUCAGGCCUGUCCUUCACCCCCGAAGAGCGUGUCAACAAGAACCUCACUGGCCUCAUCCCCCACACCAUGGAGAGCCUUCAGACGCAAUGUCAGCGGGCCAUGAAGAUGAUCAACACCCGCCAGACCGACGUCGACAAGUACCUCUACCUGUCGUCGAUCAAGGCCCAGAACUUUGACCUCUUCUACCGCCUGCUCAUCGACAACAUCCGUGAACUCAUGCCUCUCGUCUAUACCCCCACCAUCGGUGAUGUCUGCUUGCAGUACUCGACCCUGUACACCCGCCCCGAGGCACUGUACAUCUCCAUCAAGCAGCGCAAGUCCAUCCGCACCAUGCUCCGUAACUGGCCCUACCCCAACCCCCAGAUCUGCGUCGUCACAGACGGUUCCCGCAUUCUGGGUCUCGGUGACCUUGGUGUCAACGGUGUUGGUAUCUCUAUCGGCAAGCUUGCUCUGUACACUGGCGCUGCCGGCAUCCACCCCGAGAACACCUUGCCCAUUGUUCUCGAUACCGGCACCAACAACGAGACCAACCUGAAGGACCCUUUCUACCUGGGCAUCCGCUCCAAGCGUGUGCCCGUGCCCGAGCAACAAGCCUUCAUGGACGAGUUCAUGGAGGCCGUCACCGAAGUGUACCCCAACAUGACCGUUCAGUUCGAGGACUUCGAAUCCGAGAAGGCUUUCAACUACCUCGACCGCUACCGCAACAAGUACCGCUGCUUCAACGAUGACAUCCAGGGAACUGGCGCUGUCGUUCUCGCUGGUUACAUCAAUGCCGUCGAGCUUUCGGGCGUCCCCAUUGAGGAGCAGCGCCUCGUUUUCAUGGGUGCCGGCUCCGCUGGUGUCGGUGUUGCUAAGCAGCUCGUUGAGUACUACACCAAGCGCGGCAUCAGUGAGCAGGCCGCCAAGGACAAGUUCUGGCUCGUCGACACCAAGGGUCUCGUCACCAAGGACCGUGGCGACAAGCUUGCCGAGCACAAGAAGUACUUUGCCCGCACCGACAACAACGGCCACCAGUUCCGCUCGCUCGAGGAGGUCAUUGAGUAUGUCAAGCCGACCGCCCUCAUCGGUCUCACUGCCACCUUUGGCGUUUUCACCGAGUCCGUCGUCCGCGCCCUGAAAGCCUCCGUCGACUCUGGCGGUCUUGGUCGCCGCCCCGUCCUCUUCCCCCUCAGCAACCCUCUCACCAAGGCCGAGUGCACCUUCGAGCAGGCCGUGCAGUGGACCGAGGGCACUGUCAUUUUCGCCUCCGGCUCGCCCUUCUCUCCUUUCACCAUGAAAACCCCCGACGGCCACGCUGUCACCUACCAUCCCAACCAGGGCAACAACGUCUACGUCUUCCCCGGUUUGGGACUUGGCGCCAUCCUGGCCAAGGCCUCCAAGGUCACCGACGACAUGGUCUACACCUCUGCAGCCGCCCUCGCCGCCGGCCUCACCGCCGACGAGAUCCACAAGGGCCUCAUCUACCCCCGCAUCGAGCGUGUCCGCGAUGCCAGCGUGCUCGUCGCCCGCGAGGUCAUGAAGUCGGCCCGCCGUGACGGCGUCUCCACGUUGCCCGAGUCCCAGUGGAUCGAGUGGGAGGAGUGGGGUGACGUCGCUCUCGAUGCCUGGAUCAAGGAACGUGUCUACGACCCUGUCAGCUUCUCCGAAAAGAGUCGUAUCUAGAAUUGUGCGAUGAACAGAUUGAGUUGCAUUUACGGUCCAAAAGGGCCCGGACAGGGAUACAUGAGACGUUCUCAACGGAUUGGGUUUCGGCGUUUGGGUAGGCACUGUAGGGCCUUGCUUUCAUCAUCCCGAGAAAUCAGCGAAGGGAUCACAUUUUCAUCAUCACUAAAAGGAUGACAAUACUUUUACA